UUUUUGCAUACUGAGUAGUGAAUUGCUCACCAAGUCCAUUGAGCCUGAGUUGUAGACCCAGGAAAUCUUGUUUGCAAUCGAACAGUAUUUGUAGAUUCAGAAUUGUGACUGCAGUUUCUCUUCAGAACUUGGUAAUGCAUUUCCUUGAUUUACAAGAGAUCACCUGCGCAUUGAUCAUAAAUAUAAGAAACAAAUUAAGGAUAAAUAAUAAAAUUAUAAAAAUAUCCUUACUAACUUCCACCCUUUCUCCACACCUUUUCAAUUUCAUUAAGGGUAAUUUGGACUUUUUCAACCCAUUUCUUAUCCCUCCCCCUUAGUUCUAAAAAUGAAGGAAUAAGUGAGUGCUUUAAUCCUAAUUCCCUAUUUCUAACCCCGAAAACGUCCUUUUCCCACCCAUCAAUCCUCUAUUUUUAUCCUCACUUCUUAUGCCUCUUAUUUCUAUCCCUCCAACCAAACGCAACGUGGAUGCUCCUCCCAGUUCUACUCAUAGUUCUCAACCUCUUCAUCCUCCAAACUCUAAAACCCUGCACCCUUAAACCCUCUCAAACUCUCAAAGAGGGAAAAAAGAGAAGUUUUUGCAUACUUUCAUUCUAAGAUGUCAAUGAGAUUAAUCCAAAAUCUCAAACCCACCAAAAAAUUUCAUGAAAUUUCUUACAGUAUCCUCAAUUCAUCAAAUACCCACCAAAAUCGUCAAAUGACAACAAGUAAAAGAGUACAAGACAGGAGUAAGAAGAAGCGAGUUCACGACCUUGAAAUCGUCACAGAAAGAUGGAAAAUUUUCUCCAAAAUCCAUCAUUUAAUGGAGGUAAUCAAAUCUGAACCUGAACAUGUAAUUUCAAUUCGAUAUCUUGAACAAGAACGCCGUCAAAUUAAUCUCCCUAAACCCCAUAAAUUAUCUGAUUUUCUUCGAAAAUCGCCGAAAUUGUUUGAUUUGUAUAAGGAUCGUAAAGGGACUUUGUGGGUUGGAAUGACCCCAGAAGCUGAGGAUUUGCUUGAGGAAGAGGAGAGAGAAAUUGAAGCACAUAGUGAUAAAUUAGCUGAGUAUGUUACUAGGAUUUUGAUGAUGUCGAUUGAUAAGCGAAUUCGGGUUGAUAAGAUUGCUCAUUUUAGGAGGGAUUUUGGGUUGCCAUUUGAUUUUAGGAACAAUUGGGUGCAUAAUUAUCCUAAUCUUUUUAGGUUAGUUAAGGCUGAGGCAGAUGAUGGGGGUGUUGAUCAUGAGUUUUUAGAGUUGGCGAAUUGGAAAAAUGAGUGGGCAAUUACUGAAUUGGAGAAAAGAGGGAAAAAAUUUAGUGGGGAUGAGUUGAAUUUGCAUUCUCCAGGGAAGCUUUCAUUGGCAUUUCCAAUGAAGUUUCCGCCAAAUUUUAAGAAGUUGUUUAGGUUUGGUGGGACUUUGGAGCAUUUUCAGAAGAGGGAGUAUUUAUCCCCUUAUGCUGAUGCUCGAGGGCUUGCAGCCGGAUCACAGGAAUUUGAUAAACGAGCAGUUGCGGUUAUGCAUGAAUUGCUUAGUUUUACACUUGAGAAGCGGCUGGUUACUGACCAUUUAACUCAUUUUCGACGUGAGCUUGUGAUGCCACAGAAGUUGAUGAGGUUGUUGUUGAAGCAUUUUGGUAUAUUUUAUGUUUCAGAAAGAGGGAAGCGGUUUCAUGUGUUUUUGAAUGAGGCAUAUAAUGGGCCGGAGUUGAUUGAGAAAUGCCCAUUGGUUCUUUGGAAGGAAAAGGUGAUGAAUCUUAUUGGUUAUAGAGGGAAGAAGAAGAAGGCUGCCUCUUUCGACGAAUUUUCUGAUAUUGAGGAUGAAAACUUGUUCAAGAGUGAUUCUGAUGAUGAGAGACUCCAAAUUAACUUAGAGCAAGAGAGUACAUUGGAUGGUUUAGAUGAUGAUGUGCUUGCAAAUGAGGCUGAGAUGGAUAUUGAGGAAGUUUCUAGUGCUUAUAAGGAUGCUUAACCAUCAUCCAGUCAUUAUUUACGAUGGAUGCUUCUCAGCUGCAUGCCUAAUAUUACUGUAAGACUUUUUUGAAGUUUAAACUAUAGCAUUUUUUGACAUCAAAUUUUAUUAUUUUAGCUGUGUUGCAAUUGCUGUAAGGCCUGUAACGGUGUUCGAGUGCUAUAAUUGGCUUUAGAGUUAAAUUAGGUGGCUCAUUGGAGACAUAUAUGUAUAUGUAUAUUUCUGUGACGGUAUUUAGUCUACUCACCAUAUAAUUUUUGAAGGAAGUCUGAUGAUAUGUGAUACUCUCAUUUCACCUUAUACCACCUGAGUCAAUAAGUAAUUUUCUA